CGGGGCCUGAGGAAGCCAAGCGUGGGAGCCUCCGUUUCCGCGUCCCGUGAGUCGGAGCCAAGAGCGGCUGGCCGUCGGGCUUCCCCGUUUCAGGCUCAUCGCGAGGGCAGGAAGGAAAAAUCCCUGGAGGGGAUCCAGGAUGAGGAGCUGUCCGUCUCUGGCCGUCCCGCGGGAAGUUUUGCAAGACUACCUGGCUUUCUACCGCGCUAGCUGGGCGGAGGGCAAACUCCGCCUUUGCGACGAAGCGCCGCUCAAGAGCCGCGCCGGGUCGCUGCGGGCGGCCCAGGCGGGCAGGUGGGACGUGGGCGCGAUCGCCGAGAGCUGCUGGAGGAUGCGCGGCAGGCGGCGGGAGGACGGUGCCGCCGUCUUCCACCAACUGAGCCAGGCUUUCGGCUACUUGGAGCUGCUAUGUGUCAACCUUUGCCUCUCGCCCUGGAGGAAGGAGAUCAAGUCGCUGAAGACUUUUACAGGCAACUUUGUCUACUAUGUAAAGUCCAUCCUUCCGGAAAGUGUAGCACAGCAACUGCUGUCAGAAAUCGGCUAUGUUGCCACCUCUGCUACUGAAUAUUCUCUGGUCAGAAAACUAAAUGAGGAAGAAGCAGAGAAGGCUGCCUUUGAAAUGUUCCUGGCGAGAAUCGAAUGUGAAGACCUUCUUGAAGUUGCAAGGGACAUGAAAGACCUGGCUGACAUCCUACAGAAGAGGGCUCAGAAACAUGGUCCCCCUUGUGUUGGCCUAGCUCAAAAGCAGGAACACUCACAAAGAAAAGGGGAAGUGACCGUCGGAGAAAGCAACGAGACACCAAAUCCUGCAGUGGCCUACUUGAACCACAGCCAGAGUGCCUUCAAAGAGCAGGAGAAGAUGGAGCAUGGCGAAAGUUUUGGUCUCCGAUGCGCUUCAAGAGAGAUUCGACCAGUUGCCUCCGAACAGACUCCUGAGAAGGACAGCAACCAGAACCAACCAGAGGAAACCUCGACACACUCCUGCAUCAGAAGCACUGACAGUGAGGACUUCCUGAUUACGUACAGUGACAUUGUCAUUGGACAACAGCCUCUCCACUUCUCUACCACUUCUUCUUUGAGAGCAGCCAAUGAGGAGGCCUGGCUUACUGAAACAAGGCUGGGCCUACCAUCCUGUGGGGGAGAAACCCUCCCUCAUCUGCCUUCGGAUGAAAGUGGCCCUCAAGCCCUAGCCAUCCUCAACGAUCCUACUGGGGUAAGCAAGACUCCUUAUGACUACCAGACUCGGCAGACGAUGAACGAGUCUAAAAUCUGCAAAGCCAUGAAGCAUCUGAGCGUUCCUGGGUCAGGUACCAUCGACGGACCCAAAGAACUGAAAGGCAGCGUGGCGCAGCAGUCACCUAACUCCUCCAAUGACUCGGCCUUGAUGGGAGAGAAGCCGAAGAACAAGGAAGACCACGUAGAGAAGUUGGUGUACCCUGUGGAAGAAACAGCACGGCCAGCAUCUACAAGGAGCUGCCAAGUCCCUGAAGAACAUUAUCACGAGAUGAAAUCGGCAAACCUCUCCUGUGGAGACCAUGACAAUGUGGACCUCUAUUCAUCAGAUCACUUCAGUCAUAUCGCCGGGUGCAGCUAUCCCACGCCAGGUCUGAGUUAUAGCGGGCAUCUAGAUGUCCCCAUUUUAACCCAUCCUGUUCUGACCGAGGAUCAGUACAGUGGUGACAUUCCAGCAGGUCUUCGGCAUAGGCGAGAAAGAUGUCCCCACCAUUCCUCUUUGGCGGACUUUGACACUUGUGGGGCGCAUGUGAACGAGCCUAGCCUAGACGGUUAUGCUGUUAUUAACAAAGAUAAUUAAAAAGUAGGUCCCUAAGAGCUCUGGGACCAGCAAGUCAGGAUUUACUGAGUUGCAGCGAGAUUGGCCAUGUGGUCUCUAAGAGCACUGGGGUGUUUACAUGUGUCUCAUCAAGUGGUAAAA